UGACGUAAACCCCACUGUACCACUUACAUUUCCUGAGACCGGCUCAUUCCAUUCUUAAUAUGAGCCGCAGUUUGCAGAGUCCGUCAAUGGAGAGGGAGAAAGAAAUGGACGGAUUAUUUGGUUAUCAAGGGAUUUAACAUGAUUUUGUCCACUGGAUUUGGUCUCCUUUUUGAAUACUUGGCUUCAUCUACACAUUCAUCCACUCCAUUGUAAGGUUUCCCUGUUCUUGUCUCUUUGGUUUUACGCUGACGUACCAUGAGUUCUGCUGACGCAAACACAGGCAUGGACCUGCUCCAGGUUAGGAUUGAGUCUUUGAGCAGUAAAAUGGACCGGCUGAUUAGUAUCCAGGAAAAAGUGCUCAGCCGACUGGACGGCAUGUCUCAGGACAUCGACGGAAUCGAAAGAGACGUAGAAACGCUGAAAGUAGAAAAGGAGGAGAUCCACUUCCCUCCGGUGAUCCGCACCGGCACAGGCAACCAGAUGAAGGAAAUGUGUGAAGAAAUGAACAGCAUCAUGCUGGCGGUGAACCAGCGCUCGGAGCAGCAGACGCAGAAGCUGGAGGGAAUGGAGAAACUGGUGAUGAGCAUCCAGCAGGCGGUCAGCUUCAUCGGGGAAACCGUCAAAACUUCCAAAAUUAUGGAUAUUAUGUUCAAAGGCCCGGCCUCUCGGAAGAGCAAAAGCGCUCCGGGACUCAAGUCAAAGGAUAGCAAGAUCAAACCCAGCAGCAAGUGUGAGAACAGUGAGGCGGUCAGUGCUAAGCUGAAGGAACCCAAAGGUUUUCAUCUGAGCCUCAAAGGCCUCAAAGCACAGAGGAAGAAGAAACCACCAGAUUCAGCUGCAGACAAAGUCUUUCUGAGGAAGCAGGCACUGUUGCUUGAAGAAGUUCAGAAACUCAACCAGGAGAACGCCGAGCGCUCCAAACCAGCCCAGACUCAAGAUAAUGACCUGCAGAAAUCAGAAGAUGCCUCGGUUACUCCACAUCUGCAGGACAUUAUCCUGGAGGAAGCCAAACCGGUGGAAGACGAGCCGAGAAAGAAGACGAAAGUAGAGAAAAAGGUGACUCUGGAUCUCAGAGAAGAACAGAAGAACAUCCCAGAGACGAACACAGAGGAGAUCCGAGAAGAAAUGAAGAAAGCAGACACUGAGGAAAUCCUGCUGAAGACCACAGAAGUGCUCAAAGAUCAGAAAACAGACGAUACGGAGAGCAAGACGACUACUGAGGGCCCUUCAGAAGCUGAUAAUAUUGACACAAAAGCUACUGAGGGCCCUUCAGAAGAUGUUAUUACUGACAAAGAGACUAUUGAGGGCCCUUCAGAAGCUGAUAUUACUGACACAGAGCCGCCAACAGCAACUGAGAACUCAGAAAUAAGCGAGUCUGAACAGGCAGAUGAAGUGACGACCAGCAGCAAGCGACGCGUGACGGAGGAAGAUCUGGGUUUGGAGGACCAUAAAAAGAGUCGCGUUGAGGACGGAGAACAGCAGGAGCCGGAGCCGCCGGAGCCUGAAGAUCUGCGCGCUGUGUUUAAAGCCGACGGUGUGGAGAUCCAGAUCGACUUCAGCAAACUGAAGCAGCAGAGCUUUGAGGAUGAAGAUGAUGAAGAUCACGGCGAUCACUUCUUCAUUGACUGCACGCCGCCUCCAGCCGCUCCGUUCAACCACCGCGUGGUGUCCGCAAAACCCCACCAGAUCAGCACUUUCUACACCAUCAACCAGCAGGAGGUUCUCGGAGGGGGGCGAUACGGUCAGGUUCAUAAAUGCAUUGAGAAUUCCUCUGGACUGACUCUGGCUGCCAAAAUCAUCAAAGCCAAGAGUCAAAAAGAAAAGGAGGUGGUGAAGAAUGAGAUCCAGGUAAUGAACCAGCUCGACCACGCUAACCUGAUCCAGCUCUACGCAGCCUACGAGUCCAGAAACGACAUCAUCCUCGUGCUGGAAUAUGUUGACGGAGGCGAGCUCUUCGACAGGAUCAUUGAUGAAAACUACAAGCUGACGGAGCUGGACACGGUGAUGUUCAUCCGGCAGAUCUGCGAAGGCCUGCGCUACAUGCACAAAAUGUACAUCCUCCAUCUGGACCUGAAGCCGGAGAACAUUCUGUGUGUGAGCAGAGUCACUAAUAAAGUCAAGAUCAUCGACUUCGGCCUCGCCAGAAAGUAUCAGCCCAGAGAGAAGUUACGGGUUAAUUUCGGCACGCCGGAGUUUCUCUCUCCUGAAGUGGUCAACUAUGAUUUUGUGUCCUUCAACACAGACAUGUGGAGUUUGGGCGUCAUCACGUACAUGCUGCUCAGCGGUUUGUCGCCGUUCCUCGGGGACGACGAUAACGAGACGCUGAACAAUAUUCUGGCCUGUCAGUGGAACUUCGAGGAGGACGAAUUCUCUGAAGUCUCAGCAGAAGCCAAAGAUUUCAUUUCCAAACUCCUGGUGGUGGAUAAAAGUUGGAGAAUCGGAGCGACAGAAGCACUCAGGCACCCGUGGCUGUCAGACGCAGCGGUUCACUUCCGUCUGCAUGAAAGGAAAAAUAAGUGCCGCUCGCGCAGAAACUCCUGUCUGCCUCCACCAGAGAGUUAAUAGGGACCAAGUCUGAGGAUUACUGGACAUUAUAUUAUAUACAGAUAUAUUUCAUAAACUGCAUUUUCACAGUUUGUUAAUGUGUUGUUAGUUGAUAUUUAUUCAGUUAUUUACAUUGCAAAACAUGCUUUUCUUACAUUCUUCUGUCUUGUUUCUAAAUCUUAAAUUUAUAAGCAUUUCAUAUUAUAAUAGCAAAAUAUUGUGUUGUUUUUAGAAAUAAUGAGUUUUUGUUAAAAAUGAGCACAAUCAUCUUAUUUCAAAGUUACUUAUCGAUUGGCAGAUUAUUUUUUCUUUCAAGAGUUCCCACAGAUAUUGCUUGAUAAUAUUCGGAGAAGGAAGAUGAGGGAGCCGUUUUAGGCAGGCUAUUUAUUGUGAGUUUGGAAUAAUCUCCUCUGGAAAAUAGUUAGUGAAACCUCACUUGUCUUAAAGAAAAACUCUCCUAAUUCUGACUCAUCAUUUCUGAAAACAACACAAUAUUUGGUGCUUGUCCAGAAAAUGCUUCCUGAUUUAAGAGUUUUUAGAUAUUUGGACUAAAAACAAGACAAAAGCUCUAAGAAAGAAAAGCAUUUUGCAGAGAACGAAGCAUGAGGAAUCUGACAUGAAGACAUUACUUCAGAGAAAACAAAACGAAUGCACAUACUUGAACCAUAAAUCAGCUCAAAUAAUCACUUAAACAUCAUAUUAAAGCCAUAUACAGAUAUUUCAGCUCUACGCAAACUCUCGUAUUCAUAUCUUGUGAAUUUCAGCAGUUUACAUCAACGUUUUAUCUCUGCUUCUCAAGACAAUCUACAAUAAUGCUUCAGGAUGAUGUUUAUAUUCUGAUUAUGUCAUUAUUUAUACAUGCAUUAAUGUGUUCUCCUUCAAUCUCAACUGUGUUUGAAUUCAUCUGUGCAACAUUUUAGGAACAGAAGAGAGUAAAGACGUCAGAGUAAAAUUAAAGAACAUUAAUGAAUCCUACAUUAAGGAAAAGUGCUGUGUUAUUGAUUUUCAAGCCUCUUCAGUAUUAAACUGAUCCUCGAAUAUGUAGUAUUAUAUGUGAAUCACACAGUAAUAUGAGAGAUUAUCCACUCGACUGUUGUCAUGAAUGUUGUUUUUAUGUCUCUGCAAGAAUGUAAAGGGAUUCAAGGUGUGAUUUUGAUGGAAAACUUAAAAACAAUGGUGUUAAAUCUCAAAUAUACCAAUGUUUGUUUGUGUUUUCACUGUUUUGAUUGUAUGACUUUGCAUUAUAUGCACUUUAGGAGAUUAUUGGACGAUUUUCUGUAUUGAUGUUAAAGUUUUUAGUUUAAGAGAAUGUGUUUUAUAUGUUAAUAAUGUCUUUUUCAUGUAGUCGUAAAUGAAAACAAUGUAGAAUAUAUAGGAGAAUAUAAAAAUAAAAGAGAUGUCUUACAUUUA